UACGUUGUUGGCCGAAUACGAUGGCGGACUACUGUGUCCCCAGACCUUAACUGUGAUCGAAGGGAGGAAGUCACUGACUUUCUGCACCGGGACGGUUAUACUUUCAUAAAACCACCUGUUAUAGGGAGGAAGGCCUCUGUUCUGCCAUCCCUCCCAAACAAUUAGUAUGGGACGGAGUUUUAUUGUGGAAGCUUACUAUAAACCGGACAAGGCAGAGUGCGCUAGUGCAGGCUGACGCAUGCGAGCCAGCAAGUUGACAGAAAUAACAUAACUCGCGUCAAGUCAACAGGGGACAGUCCAAGUAGGAAUUACGGUGGUUGAGGACGUAGCGGCUCCAGCAAAAUGAAAUUCGCGGAGCACCUUUCGUCCCAUAUUACUCCGGAAUGGAGGAAACAGUACCUUCAAUAUGAGGCGUUCAAGGAUAUGCUAUAUGCGGCCCAGGACCAGGCACCAUCCAUAGAAGUAACUGAUGAGGACACUGUCAAGAGAUAUUACGCCAAGUUUGAGGAGAAGUUUUUCCAGAAUUGUGAGAAGGAGCUCCUAAAGAUCAACACAUUCUAUUCAGAGAAACUUGCUGAAGCCCAGAGACGUUUUGCCACACUGCAGAAUGAGCUACAGUCUUCUCUUGAUGCGCAGCGUGAAAGCAACGCGCCAGGCAUCCGUAAACGCAAGACGGUGUUCCAUCUGUCCCAGGAGGAGCGCUGCAAACACCGCAACAUCAAGGACCUGCAACUCGCCUUCUCCGAGUUCUACCUCAGCCUCAUCUUAUUGCAGAACUACCAGAAUCUGAAUUUCACAGGUUUCCGUAAGAUCCUGAAGAAGCAUGACAAGAUCCUGGAGACUCCCCGCGGGGCUGAUUGGCGUGUGGCUCAGGUCGAGGUGGCACCCUUCUACACCUGUAAAAAGAUCACCCAGCUCAUCUCUGAGACAGAGGCUCUGGUGACCACAGAGCUGGAGGGAGGGGACCGUCAGAAGGCCAUGAAGAGGCUGAGAGUGCCUCCACUGGGGGCAGCACAGCCUGCUUUAGCCUGGACUACCUUCCGCGUUGGUCUGUACUGUGGGGUCUUCAUCGUCCUCGCCAUUGCCUUUAUCCUCACUGGUGCUGUCCUCAUCCGUUACGAGAACGUGUGGCCUCUGGUGCGCAUCUACCGAGGUGGCUUCCUGCUUAUCGAGUUUCUCUUCCUGUUGGGCAUCAACACCUAUGGCUGGCGCCAGGCGGGGGUCAACCACGUUCUCAUCUUUGAGCUGAACCCACGCAGCAACCUCUCCCACCAGCACUUGUUCGAGAUUGCAGGGUUUCUGGGCGUGUUGUGGUGUAUGAGCAUCCUGUCCUGCCUGUACUCGGAGUACACCAUGCUGCCCAUGCAGAUCAACCCGCUCAUCCUCUACGGCUUCAUGUUCCUCUUCCUCAUAAACCCCUUCAAGACCGGCUACCACAAGUCCCGCUUUUGGCUGCUCAAACUGCUGUUCCGGGUUUUCACAGCACCGUUUCACCGGGUGGAGUUUGCAGACUUCUGGCUGGCCGAUCAGCUCAACUCUCUUGUUAUCGUUCUGAUGGAUCUGGAGUAUCUCAUCUGCUUCUACAGCUUCGAGCUCGAAUGGACCAACCGCAAAGGCCUCUUGCCCAUGUUAAAUAGUCAAUACCUGUGCCAUAGUUACUCAUAUGGUGUCCGAGCAAUCAUCCAGUGUCUGCCCGCUUGGUUCCGUUUCGUCCAGUGCCUUCGUCGGUACCGAGACACCAAGAGAGCCUUUCCUCACCUGGUCAACGCUGGCAAAUACUCCACCACCUUCUUUGUUGUCACCUUUGCCGCACUCUACAGCACCCACAGAGAACAAAAUCAUUCAGACAAGGACAUGUUUUUCUACCUGCUGAUAAUCUUCUCAGCGAUCAGCUCCCUUUACACUCUAAUCUGGGAUUUGAAAAUGGACUGGGGCCUGUUUGACCGUGGAGCUGGGGAGAACACCUUCCUCAGGGAGGAGAUUGUUUACCCCCACAAAGCGUAUUACUAUUGUGCCAUCAUUGAGGACAUCAUCCUGCGUUUCGCCUGGACCAUCCAGAUCUCCCUCACCACCAUGACCAACAUCCCCUCCAUAGGAGACAUGGUGGCCACCCUCCUGGCUCCUCUAGAGGUUUUCAGGCGUUUUGUCUGGAACUUCUUCCGUCUGGAAAACGAGCACCUGAAUAACUGCGGCGAGUUCCGUGCCGUGAGGGAUAUCUCGGUGGCUCCGCUGAAUGCCGACGACCAGACGCUGCUGGAGCAGAUGAUGGACCAGGAGGACGGGGUCAGGAACCGCCAGGGCAAGAAGAGCUGGAAGCGCAGCUACAGCCUGUCCCUACGGCGUCCUCUGCUGUCCUCCCAAUCCAAGAAGGACACCAAGGUGUUAAUAGAGGACACGGAUGAUGAGGCCUUCAGCUGAGCCCAGGAUACCAGCUCUAUGCCCGCAGUGAUACUUUCAGUCCAUCACAAAGCUGUCUCACCCCACACACAUACACACAUACAGAUAGACAGACAGACCUUGUAUUCACACAUAUAAUCACAUACAAAGACACACAUAUACACAGGCAAACACACAAACAUACCAAGAGACAUACACAACAACUCAGUGACAAAAACAGAUUUGCUUAAUCAAGCACAAGCUCCGUUUAACGUGCUGGAAUAGACAAGGAGGGAAUACACAAACCCAGUUACGAGUUCUUCAGGCAAAGAGGGAUGCACACAUGCGUAUAUUGGAGAAAAGGAUAAAAACACACCGCACAGGGAUUUUAAAACGAGUACUUACAUUUUCAACAGACUUUAAUUUUCUUUGUCUAUAUUUUCUAGUAUGUAUAUCGGUUUUCUGUUGUUUUUUUUUAGCCUUUUCUGAAUAUGUGUUAAUAGAGAAUAUACAACUGUUUACAUGCAUUUAGAAUAUCAGGAUCAACUGGGAGAAGACAUUACUCAAAAAGACUAAUAGAAAUUCGGAGCCCGAGCAUGGACUCUGGAACGCCAAGCCAACCACAGCAUAUCAACACAAUCAACUGGGUUCAACCUGUUGGUUCUUUUUCUAUGCCACUUUUGGCAUUGAUUUUGUUUAUUGAGUUGUAAUAUUGAAGUCAGUGAAAAACCCUGGCGACACUUGCAGGAAAAGUGCAUUUAAUACCUACAAAAUACAGCUUUGAAAUAUCAUUUGAAUAUAUUUUAGUCUUGAAAGUUUCUUUGUAUAUUUGUUAUGUGCAUUAUUUGGAUGUAAUAAUGCUGUACUCUGUGUAUUGUGCAUUAUUUGGAUGUCAUAAUGCUGUACUCUGUGUAUUAUUUAUAAGAAUUAGGAUAGCUUGAGCAUCUGUGCAAUGAUGUUUCUCAAUGGCAGGAAUUUUGUUAGACUUGUGCCAUGCUUUUUAAAAGCUGCUGUUUCCCAAGCCAAGAUAACUUAAACCCAUUACAAUGUUAAAUGAAUUUAGGUACCCAAAAAUAGGCUGCCUUUACACAAUUUUGUGUGUAAAUAACAGCUAUCAUUUGGGUGCUUAAAUACAAAGAUUUUUGGACCUCUGGUCUGACACUAAUUGCAUUGUAAGUCCAUUGUGUUAAUUUGAGUUAAUGUGGCUAAUGAUUAUUCUGGGGUUUUGUGUAGAAGUCUAACCUUUUCAGGUGGAUCAUUCUCCCACACAUUUGGCCCUACGGUUAGUAAAUUACAACUUAAAAGUUGUGCAAAAACAACAGAAAUCAAUCCUUGAUUAAUCCCAGUUAUGUAAUUAGCUCAUGUCAAGUGCUCUACAUGUUUAUAACGAUACUUGUCUGACAAAGUGUUUUGUUGAUGAAUAUUAUUAACUAGCACAGCACCAUCGAGUUAGCACAAGAAGAAUAUUCUGAUCCGAGAAGUAGCUGAUUUGAGAAGAUAACAUAUUUUGCAUCUCUUCUUUUUAGUAAUUCCCCCUGCAAUUUCUUUUGACUCAUCAACAACUAACUAAAACGGCACAGUUUUUUUCUUUUAUUUGUUGUGUUUUCUACUGAUUGUAUGGGGUCACUUUGUAUUUAUUGUUGUUCUGCUAUUAGCCUUCUCAGAAGCGGUCGAGACAGACAUCAACCGACAGCGAUCAGCUUUUCCACUGGGGUUCCUCGGACUAUGCCACUGCAUGAGUGGCUCUUAUAGAAUCUUCACUGGAUAUUCCACUGUCGAGUGGAAUUUUCCGGGAAAAGAAAGGCCAAGCUCCCUCGAAGGAUCUGCUUUAUUUACAACAUAGCUGCUGCCUCAUUUAUUUUCAAAAUAGUCAUAGUGUCAUAAGUGGGACUCGAUAGUGGUAGGGUUUGUCACACUUAUUGACUAGAACAGGGACCAAGACUGUUGUAGCCCUGCUGUCAAGUGAUCUCUAAUGCUGUUAAGACUUUGCUCUAAAAUAGUGUUUUCCAGAUGAGAUAGCCAUGACAUGGGCAUGACUUUCCAGGGUUUUGCAGUUCUAACUGUGUUGUGAGGGUGAUAGCGUAAGACAACCCCCUCCCUACUUCUUACAAAAAAGUAACUUUUUUCUGAAUUUUGUAUACACAUAGGGAAGCCUUAAAUCAUCCACUUUUUAAUGUUUUUUGAGUAAUGUAAUGUUAGGUUAGUAUGUUGGGAGCAAGAUCUACUCCCAUCAGCUAGUUUCAUUUGUGGUUGAUAAUUAUUUUCUAGCUGUUAUUUAGACACUGGCUAGCUGGCAGUUAGUUUACUAGCAACCUCACUAGCAGAAAAUCUGAGGUGAAAUAAAUGCUAACCAGUUGGUUUGCUUAAGCUUAAACCUGUUAGCGCAGCAACCUAGGGUUAGAGUAAUGGGUUAGUAUAGCUCAGAGUUAGAAUAAAUGGCAAAGUAGGGGUCAGAAUAGGGGUUAGGAUCUCUAACAUUUCUGAAUACAUUAAAAAAAAUCUCUUUUUUAAUUAGUUUUUACAAGAAAAUUAUUUAUUGUGGUGACUAGGUCGUAGAGGCGCUUUGUUGUGCCAUAAAUGCUAUUGAAAAUGGGCAGGGCAUUAAGGUAGCUGCCAAUGCUUUUAAUGUGCCACCCAAACCCCUGAGGUGCCACCAACAACUAGGUCUAAAUCCCCGGCCACAAUCAUUGGAGGGGGUAACCAGUCUUCAUUUGGUCCUUCAAAUAUGUUCAUACCCAUAAAAUAGAAAGAGUCCUUUCACACUUACAUAAUGGGAUAUUUGAAAAUGUUUGACCUGAUUGAGAGCAUGGGAAACAAUAUAAGAAAAUAGGAAAGAGGUUUGGCAGGCUUAGACUGAUUUUACAUUUUUAUGAAGCAUAGAGCAGAAUUACCUUCUAGCUCAAGAUAACAUUUGAUUUAAAAAAUUGGAGCCAUCUGGGAGGUCCUCCAGAAAUUAAUUUGUCUUAAUGUAUAGAUAAAGUACUGCAAACAAUUUCAAACCAUUUGCUAGUGUGUCUUAAGACUGCUGGAAUUUAAAAUCUCGAAUUUAAAAUAAUAAAGAGUUUUGUUUAAUUGAACAUAACGGAGUGUAAGGAAGAAGUAAUAAAAUGAAUGGAAUUCAUGUGGAGCUGAGCUUAAAUAAAAGGAAACUUUGAUAAAAACUAUGGCGCAAUAUUCUAUAAGGACGAUAAGAGGGGCAAGUUACCCGAGGAGAAGGGGUGUAUUACCCCACUAGUUGAGCAAAAUGCCCUUUUUAGUAAAAAAAUUAAAAAUAAUCCAUGCCAUCUAUCAUAGGCAUUUAUUCCCCCUUAUGCAUGGCCAUUAGAUCUUUUUUCAAACUUUGCUUUUGUUGUUAGAAUUUUGACAUUGUUCUUGGUGGAGGGGGGUGUCUUACCCAAUGUUACCUUAUACAGUAUAUUCCUAGCUCUUUCUACAGUACAUCUUUUUUAGGCAAUGCAAUUGGCAAAAAAGCUCAAUUUUUUUUACUUUAAUGUUCCUUGAUCCAUGUUCCUUUUGGUACUUUUUAUAUUACUUUGAUAGUGUUGUUUUGAUUUUGCCAACAAAAAUGACACUAAGGAAAGUGUAAAACAUAAUCUGUUGGCUCUCAUUGUAUUUUCAACCCUUUUGUCACAUGCAUGCAUUACUUGUAGUCAAAUAUAAUUUGCGAGCACAAUCUUUAUCAGCUAUGUAAGUGGGCAAGCCCCUUUUCGUGGGAGCUCCUGGCUUUUCAAAGGAAGGAUAAGUGUAUGUGGCUGCCUGCUUUCUCUCCUUUCGCUUUGACAUCCUAUCUCUCCUGUGACUAAACUGUGUUUACAUGAUGAAGUCAGUAGAUGCUGUACCCAUCUGGAUGUGUUUGACCAGCAUGAUCUUUUCUUGCCUUUCACUUUGCUUUCCUUUAUCAUUUAGACUUUUGAUGAAUCUAAUAUGAAAUUACGAUUAGGGACCUAGCACAAAAUGUUUUUACAAAAACGUAAGUAACAAAAUGUGUUGUAAAUGUAUAAAAGCACCACCAACAGCACUUGCAUACAGUGGAUGGUGGCUUCUGAUAUAAUUGUCCAAGGGUGAUGAUGAUUGCAGUCAGACCAACAUAUGGCAGUUAUGGCUAUGAAAAUACUUAUGGCUAUGCCAUGAAGUAUUUUCAAAAAAUGAAAUUCAACGACGCAAUGAGUAUCCUCUUUGUUGGAGGGAUCGUUUUUGGCAUUUUCCUCCCACACUCAUAUCAACAAAACAGGUCAGUCAACAUGUUUUUCCAUCAAAGAGCAUUCUGUCGCAAAGCCGAGAAACUUCCCUUCAACUUCAGGAGAUUAUUUUCUAUCGCUCUGACUAUUAACUGCAUGUUGCUUUUUUUCCAUUUUACACAGAUUUUUCAUAACAUGGAGAAAACAGUUUAUUCAAGCCAUACCUAUGUUUAUUGAUAACAUUUAAUGGAAAACUUUUGUUUUCCAUUACAACCUGGUCUCAGGGGUAAGCAUUACAUAGUAUACAAAUCUGUGACACUUCGUUUUUUUUUACUUUAGAUAGUAUGGGCAAAAAUUUAUGUUACGAAUUUGCUAAAACCUAAGGUAUUCAUUCCUAAUGUGUAUGGUAACGCAUUCCCAGGCUUUUGCAUACAGCAGAUAUUUGCCUGGAGCAACCUAUUUCAAGUUGGUUUUUAGUGAGUAUUUUAGUCUCUCAGUGGAUUCGAACUCGACUACUGGAGACAAAGUCUGUGGCUUUACCAAAUUCCAAAAAUGUAAGGUAUUCAUUCCUAAUGGGUAAGAUAUUGUUAACCUUGUCCCCAGGCUGUUGUGCAUAGCACAUAUUUGGCUGGAACAACAUAGUCGAGGUGUCCUUUAGAGAAUACUUUCUGGAUUUAAAAAAAUAAAUUGGAUUCUGUGGCUUUACCCCCCAUCCACUGUCUGCAACACCCUAUCAAACUGCCAGUCUAAAUAAAUAUACAAGUGCUCACCCCUGCCCCUAGUGGCUAUAAUUAACCCAAAUCACAUUUCAGUUGGUGUCGCAGAUUUACGUAUACUUAGCAAUGUCUAGUCUGAGGAGGUUGGUCAUUAAGCUUUAAAACAAGCAGUAUUCUAGGUGUCGAGCAUUUUGAUUGUUCACAAUCCUGCACUCUUUUCUUAAGUGUAAAACUUGUUGAACUGUGUAUGUAAAAAAGAGAAAAAGAAGAGACGAAUUUGAAGAAACAAUCUGGAUUGUAAUUGGUCGUAUCUUGGUUGUAUCUUGUAAGUGUAUUUAUGUUUUCCUGGCUCCUCAUUCUCAGGGUUUGCGUCCAGGGCUCCUGGAGGGAUGGACUAGGGGUUGACACAAGCCUCAGUCCAGAGUGAUGACAUCUUAGCAAGAUACUAAUGAAGUUUCCUAGGACAUUAUCUCGGAAGCAUUCUAACACACAUGACUGAAUAGCAGUUAUUCACUAAUUUAUAAAAUACUGACCAAUGUCUCAUAAGACAUGGUCAGAAAGUUCUAACGCUUGACAUUGAGGGUAACUUUGUACAGUUUAUUUUGUAAGAUCUGAAUGAUACGCAAGCCCUGACAUCACAUUUUCUCAUGGGUCAAACCCCUCAAUGAUUUGCUGAUUUUACUGCUUGUUAAAUCCCAUGAUGUUAAGUGCUUGAUAUCUCUGCAUCUUCCUUGAUGUUCUUGUACCCUUUCUUUCCAAAGUAGAACACUUAUUGUCUGUAGUAACUAGAUGGAUGUACUUUGAAUGUUAUGGAGAAAAAAAACCUGAUAAACAGAUGUGGUAGAUUGUAAUUGUUUAAGACAAAGGAAAUGUCUUGCAACCCCCCUUUUACAGAGUAGUUUGUAAAUGUUGAGUGUAUAGCGCUGUACUAUGAUGGUUUUACUAAUGGUCUCAUUUGUAUUUCUGUAUACACUUUGGUGAUCCUGUGAUAUCUGGGUUUUAUAAACCACGCUUAUUUUUAAACUGUC